UUUCCAUGUGUGGCUGUAAUUCCCUGACCUGACGGCAGGGGGCGGUGGAAAGUCUCAGCGGCGGAGAGGCGCAGGAAGAGGAAGAAGCUACAUAACAACACAGCGGACUCUCAGAUCUGCAGACGGUCCCAGAGAUGAACAGCCGUCUCCUGCUGUUGCCGUGGCGCCGGGGUUUCCGUCAUGGCCGCCGCCUCCUCCUGUCCUCCCGGCGGUCCGGAGCGUCCAGGUGGUCCAGCUCGGACGGUCGGAUCAGCCGCAGCCUCCAGGAGAGCUACAGGGUGCUGCAGCUGCCCGCCGAGGGCCGCAGCAGCCCCGCGGAGGUGAGGGCCGCCUACCUGCGCCUCGCCAAGCUCUACCACCCGGACUGCGGCGAGCCCACCGCCGACGCCGGGCUGUUCGCUCGGGUCGAGGAGGCGUACCGGGCCGUCCUGGCCCAUCAGAGUAAAACCCGACAGCCGGACGGAGCGACGGAGGACGACGACGAGGACAAGACCCGAGGAGCCGCUCUGCAGCACCGACACUACCUGAGCUUCGAGGGCGUGGGCUCGGGCACCCCCAGCCAGCGGGAGCGGCAGUACCGGCAGGUCCGUGUGGACCGGGCCACCGAGCAGGUCCUCAGCUACCGCCAGAGGGAGCACGAGCGCGCGGCGGCGGCGGACGGGGCGCUGGCAGAGCGGGACGCCCGUCAGCGCAGCCACAAGAUCAAGAUCACGCAGGCGGUGGAGCGGCUGGUGGAGGACCUGAUCCAGGAGUCCAUGGCCCGCGGAGACUUCCGGAACCUGAGCGGCGCCGGGAAGCCGCUCAGCAAGUUCCAGCACAACCCGUACGCCGACCCCAUGACCCACAACCUCAACCGCAUCCUGAUCGACAACGGCUACCAGCCGCCCUGGGUGGUGACGCAGCGCGACAUCCGGGAGGGCGCCGCCCGGGUCCGGAGCCGGCUGCUGGAGGGCCGGGCGCGGCUCGGUGACCCCAUGACCCCAGCGGAGCAGCGCCACUGGGAGCGGCUCUGCGGCGCCGCGGAGGAGGAGCUGGCGAAGCUCAACAAGAUGGUGGACGACUACAACCUGAUCGUCCCCAUGCUGGGCAUGCAGAUGGUCCACUUCAGCCUGGCCCGGGAGGCGGCGCGGGCCCACAGGGUUGCCGAGCAACGGAGGGCGGAGCUUCUGCAGGUCCGGCAGGAAGAGAGGGAGCGGAGGAAGGAGGAGAAGAAGAGAGCCAACUCUGCAGGCAGGACUCCAGCUAAGAGGCGAGGGCUGGUGUCCUGGAUGCAGAGUCUGCUCGGAUACUAACCCUGCAUAGCAACGGGCAAAAGACUCCGACCAGCCGCUGCUUUACUCACCUUUAAAAGGAAAAUUAAACUAAAACACAAGAGGGAAAACAAAGAAUAAUUUUUAUCAUCAACCCAGGGUGUUGGUAUUGUUCCUGUAUGGAAAGCUCUUAUUGAAUUUAAUGUGAUGAUCAUUAAAAUGAUCCGUUCUAAUGAUGGUUUGCACACAGACUGAAGGACUCUGGCACCGAGCGUUGGGUCGUCAUCAGCUUUGUUUCCAUCCAAUGAAUUUAGUGCAAACUUUUAAACGGUGGCAAAAAAGAUCAAAGUGAAUUAGCCUGUUUCCACCUACUGGUUUAGAGUGGAUCAACCAGGGCACAAACACAUAACUUCGUCACAUGUUGGCGUUGCGCUUGGCUGUAGCAAACAGGAAGUAGAUGUUGCUAACUCUGAAUAACGUGGAGAAAACCUGGUCUGUGCCUUACCAGAGGCACGAAACCCAGGAGAAACUCUGCAGAAGCUCAGGAAGCGUCCAAAUCUUCAGUGUGGGUUUCCUCUACGUCCUGUUCCUGUUCAUCGCCUGGUUGAUUCGCUCCAAACCAGUAGAUGGAAACAUGCAGAAUUCACUUCUUUUUUUUUUCAACUUUUUAAAGGUUCACUCAUAAUUUGGGUGGCACUGUAAACGUAGCGAAUGAGGUGAGAAGAUGGAAAAAACAGACAAACACUAAUGUUUGGUUACUGUGAGACAUUAAAGAUUAUUUAUUUAAAA